GCGCGCUCGCCCAGCCGGGAGCGAGCAGCAGGCGGGAGGAUGCUGCAGACGGCGGCGGAGCCGGGCGGCUGGGCAGGCAUGAAGCGACCCCUGAGCCCAUCCCACAGCCCCGAGAGCGGGCUGCGGCUGGUGGAGGUGGCCGGCUGCCCCCCGGGCCAGCCCGAGCAGCGCAUGAAGCGGGAGAAGAAGCACCAGUCGUUCACGCUCUGCGAGGUCUGCAACAUCCAGCUCAACUCGGCCGCGCAGGCGCAGAUCCACUACAACGGCAAGUCCCACCAGAAGCGCCUCAAGCAGCUCAACAAGGGGAAGGUGCCGGCAGCCCAAGGUCCCUCCGGACACAGCAGCCCCCUCCUCGCGUCGUUGCCUAUCCCCGGCCGUCCCCUUCAUCCCCCUUUGGACAUCAAGCACUUUCUGACCUUCAGGCUCAACGGGACGUCACCGCUCAACCUCUUCCCCAACUUCAACACGAUGGACCCGGUGCAGAAGGCGGUGAUCAGCCACACCUUCGGCGUGCCCGCCCCGCUCAAGAAGAAGCAGUUCAUCUCCUGCAACAUCUGCCACCUGCGCUUCAACUCUGCGAACCAGGCAGAAGCCCACUACAAGGGCCACAAGCACGCACGGAGGCUGAAAGCCAUCGAAGCCAUGAAGAACAAGCAGAAGGCGGCGGCGGGGGCUGCGGCGGUGGCUGCCGGCCGGGACGGCGCAGCCGACUUGUCCCCCAGCCCCGAGGGCAGCGGGGACCCCGGCAGCACAGCUCAAGCCGACGGUGUGCCGGAGCCGGAGGCUGAGUGCAGCAGCCUGGGGCUGCUGCCGGGCGCCGAGGAGUCGCCGUCGGAGCUGUCGGGCAGCGUGGCCCCGCUGGGCUCCCCACCGGCCUCGGAGCUGUCGGAGGGCACCUCGGAUGCCACCAGCGUGGCCUCCUCCGCCGCCCCGGCAGCCGAGGCGCAGGCAGCCGAGUCGGGUGGCAGCGUCGGCUCGGCCCCCGAGAGUGAGAAGGAGGGGAAGAAGAGCAAACAGCACCUUUACUGUCCCACCUGCAAAGUGACCGUCAACUCCCUGUCCCAGCUGGAGGCUCACAACACCGGCGCCAAGCACAAGUCGAUGCUGGAAGGUCACAGCACCCAGAUGCGGCGGGGCCGAGGCAAGCUCCUGUCCCGGGCAGGCCACAAGUCCAAGCGGAUCGGCAACAAGGGCAGCAUCAACAUCCAGAACAAGGCGUUUCACUGCCAAGUGUGCGAGAUCUACGUGAACUCGGAGACCCAGCUCAAACAGCACAUGAACAGCCGGAGGCACAAAGACCGGCUGGCGGGGAAGCCGCCCAAGCCCAAGUACAGCCCCUACAACAAGCUGCAGAAGAACGCUGCCCUCGCAUCCAAGCUGGCUUUGCAAAAGCAUCUCACCAAAACCCUGGCGACCCGCUUCCUGCCCAGCCCGCUCACCACGGCCGCCAUCUGCGCCAUGCCUGGCCCCCUCGCCCUGAGACCAGCCGCGGCCACCACCCUCUUCCAAGCCCCGAUCCUCGGACCAGCCCUUUUCCGAACGCCGCCAGCCCACGUCCGCACCACGCCAGGCCCCAUCGUCUUCGCUCCCUACUAGAGCUGCUCGCCCACCGAGGGCCCCUCCGCCACCCACCGGGCUGUGCCGGGGGGUGCCCGGUGCGGGAUGGCGCUCCCGGGCAGGCGGCUCUUCUGGCUGGUGGGAAACCAUAGUCGUAGACAUCAACCUCGGCUUCUCCUUCGCUUCGAGCAGGCGCCUGCUGGAGCGAGACGCCCCGGCAGAGCCCAGCCAGCGCCGCCGUCCAUCCCUGCUGCUCCCCCAGCCCGCGCCGGCCCCGCGCCCAGGGAGGGAGAAGACGGUGCUCGAGUCACCAGGACCCUCCUGUGUCUCGUGGCUGGGUGCUGCUUGUCCUCAGCCCGCUGGUUUCUUAUUCAUCACCCUCCCAGUUGCCAAACUGGAAGAAGAGGAGCCAUCUGCUCCCCGGGGGAGGGAGCAUCCCUCUGGCCGGCCGGUCCCUGCCAGCCCAGUGGGAAGGGAACUGCGAGGGGAGUCUCAUCCCAGCUCUUACUGGGAGAAACGACCCCAGCACAAGCGGAAAGUUGGCAGUUCCCUCUCGGGCUGGGCUGGCUGUGCCUUCACCAGCCCUGCACUUUCCCGUGCUGGCUGGGGGCUUCCGUGUUGCCCACCAGCCCCCUGUGCCCCACGACCCCUUACGUCCCACCAGCCAAAGAGCCCCCACCGCGGUGGGCACCAGCCACACUGACCGUAUCUUCACUCCGAGAGCAAUAGCCGAAGCCCAGGGCCGGUGCCUCCCCCCUCCGAAAGCACACUGCCCCUGCCCUGGACCCCCAGAAGCACACGAUGGGCGGGUGGCCGGGGACGGACCCCCUCCAGCCCAGCAAGGACGGGAGAGCGGGCUCCCCGAGGAGGUCACCCCGUGCUCGGCGCCAGCUGUUUGCCUCUGUCCCCUCCCCGCCGGGGGACAGCCCUGUCCCUACCUCCCGGGAG